GCGUGCGAGCUGACUGCCGAUGACUUUCUGAACGCAGCACUCUUGCAUGACCACUCAAAGUGACAGUAGCGAUGGCUGGGAACGGGAGACAGCUGCGCUUGGUGAGACCCCGUCUCCACACUCGGUUUGCCAUGAAAAACUAGGUCUUCUACGAGAGUUUGACCUCGGGUCUAUGUGUGAAGAACUUUUGUGAAUGAAUAAGUUGGCCGGCCACUUUCAAAAGAGUUUGGUAAGCUGGCAGUGCUGCCAGGAUUUGGGAACGGGGGGAGCGGGGAGGGCUCCUGCUACCUUUGGGAGGUCUGUAUGCUUUCAACGCACUCAAACUGUGGCACCAGUGGCCGCUGGAUAUUGCUUUCUUUAGAUAAGUUUGCCUACUUCAGUCAAGGUAUGCUUUAAGUUAGGUCUACGAAUCUUUUAUCCUUUUACAUCCCACAUUAUUUAAUAUGACUUUAUGCUAACUGGAAGGCCAUCAACUUAGACUUCACUUUGGAUGGUUUCUGCUUACUAACAGCUAACAUCAUUUAGGCACAUUUCAGGAAAAGAGCUGUUGUUUGAGAUGACAGGUACGAGAGCAUAAUCACUGAAAAGAAUAGAAAAUCUGCCUCUCUUGACAAAUUGACCUGGAUGUGCAGUGAGAACAGUUACUCUCGACAAUUAAAUAUAGUUUGUAAUCAAAUGCUUAGCUGAUAAAUCAAAGAUGCUAAGUGUUAUUGAUAAUUAUAAACUAACAACCUUAAUAACUAAUGAAAAUAGAAAAUGGCUAUCAUGGGAAGUAACAUAUUUUUAGGAUAAUGUGACAGAAAUAAGCAAUAAUAUACCAUAAUUUACUGGAAUUAAAAAAUAAAUAAAAUGACUACAAUUAUUAUCCAUGAAACUAGCGUAAGGACUUAAAAAAUACAAAUCAAAAUAAUUGUUUUAGUUACAUAAAGACAUAUAAAUGUAAAAUAAACCAAGUUAAAUGUAAAAUAAAUGAAUAAACAACUGUUUUAUUAUUGUUAUUAUGUAACUUGCACUUUUUCUUUCAGGGUCAUAGACUUGAAUUAGAACCUUAGUCGAUGGAUUUGCCGCCCUCAAUACAACAUCAUUUUAACUGUACUUUCUCUCUAGGCUAGAAAUCGUGAAGCAUGGCUGACUGGAGCUUUCUUGGACGGCUCUUGGAGAAUGCACAGGAACACUCGACCGUGAUCGGCAAAGUCUGGCUGACAGUACUCUUCAUUUUUAGGAUUCUGGUGUUGGGAGCGGCAGCCGAGGAGGUCUGGGGCGACGAGCAGUCGGACUUCACCUGCAACACGCAACAACCCGGUUGCGAGAAUGUCUGCUAUGACGAGGCCUUCCCCAUCUCCCACAUCCGCUUCUGGGUGCUCCAAAUCAUCUUCGUGUCCACACCGACGCUCAUCUACCUGGGCCAUGUCCUGCACAUCGUUCGAAUGGAAGAGAAGCGGAAAGAGCGCGAGGAGGAGCUGCGAAAGGCCAGUCGGCUCCAGGAUGAGAAAGAACUCCUGUAUAGAAACGGAGGGGGAGGGGAGUCCGGUGGACGGGGUGGGGGCGGCGGCGGCAAAAAGGAGAAGCCGCCAAUCAGAGACGAGCAUGGCAAAAUCCGCAUUAGAGGUGCCUUGUUGCGCACCUACGUGUUCAACAUCAUUUUCAAGACCCUGUUUGAAGUGGGGUUCAUUUUAGGUCAGUAUUUCCUCUAUGGUUUCCAGUUGAGGCCCCUGUAUAAGUGUGCGCGGUGGCCCUGCCCCAACACAGUGGACUGCUUCAUUUCCCGGCCCACGGAAAAGACCAUCUUCAUCAUAUUUAUGCUUGUGGUGGCUUGCGUGUCCCUUUUGCUGAAUUUGUUAGAAAUCUAUCACCUCGGAUGGAAGAAGGUCAAACAGGGCAUGACCAACAAGUUUGCCCCAGACCGCGAGUCGCUGCCUGACGCGGACGAAGCGGAGGCCGAGUCUUCUAGAACUGCGCCUGCCACCAUCAGCUACCCGCCAGACUACACGGAAGUGGCAGUGGUUGGCGGAGGGUUCCUCCAGCCUGUGUCGGUGCCCUCGACGGCCGAGUUCAAGAUGGACCCUCUGCGCGAGGAGCUGGAGGAGUCCUCGCCAUUCUACAUCAGCAACAACAACCACAGGCUGGCUGCCGAGCAGAACUGGGCCAACCUGGCCACCGAGCAGCAGACUCGGGAGAUGAACGCCGCCUCCCCCUCCCCUUCCUCCUCCUCGUCUCGCUCCUCUGAUAACGGGCGGCAAUCCAAAGAAGCCGCUCAGCACGCCGGCGUCCCCACCUCUACUAGCGGUGGUUCGACCGCCGGCCCGGAGGAGGGGCAUGUCACCACCACGGUGGAGAUGCAUGAGCCGCCCGUCGUUUUCACUGAUGCUCGACGACUGAGCAGGGCUAGUAAAGCCAGCAGCGCGAGAGCGAGGCCCAGUGAUUUAGCGGUUUAGUGGCUCUCCACUGCAAAGUGCAGGUUUUUGUGGACAAAAACACACACAAAAAAAUACACCAAAAAACAAGCGGAAGAAAGGGGCAGAUUGCUGGAACAAAAACUUUAAUUCCAUUCAUUAUUUACUCCAUUUUGCAAUUAAAAAUUAUAAAGAGUUUAACCAUCUCUUAUGGCUUAUGAAAGCAUCUGUUGUAGAUUAUGUUACACGGAAUCUCAAUGAUUUAAUGACAUCAGCGAAUGUCACUUGAAUUAGUCUUGUGACGAGGCCUUUCUCUGUAUAAUCAUGCAAAGUUGUUGAUAGUAAUAGCAUUAAAUGUGCAAGACCUGACAGCACUAUGAGGUUUUUCAAAACAAGCAUAGAUAGAGAAGAAGAGGCUUAUGAUCAGUUCAGGUCAGAAAUAGUCAUUAUCAGAAACAGACAAAACCAGAUCCAGCAUACGACCCUGGAUGUUAGUAGAGCCAUUCACUCACUGUAUAGGAUCAACAGAUUCGAUCAGACUAAAAACAAAUUCUUAGAAAGAGAGUCAGAUCUACAGCAAAUAUGAAUAUUUAAGUCCCCAAAUAUCAUCAGAUCAUCAUAUUUUGUAAAAAGCUCACUUAGAAGUUUCUAGACAUAGUCUUGUGUAAUAUUUUUGAAGACUUGAAUAGGAUAUGAGACAAAUGGGACAAAGAGAGUAGCUGAAGUAAAUGAAGAAAGUUGUCAUGAACACCCAAUUAAAAAAAAAAGUGUAAUAAAAAUGUAAAACUUUUUAUUGUUCCAGCAUCUGUCUCUACAUUUCCCCACUGUAAAGAGAAAAAAAAACAAAAAAAAAAAAAAAACCACAUUGCCUGAUAAAAGUGGCAAAGUUUAAUGCAUCACAGAGAAAUGUCAUCCAUACACUGAAAAAUGAGCAUAUAACUGAGGCAAGUGAAAUAUUUAGAUAACUGUUGUACUGCUGAAUGGUGCAGAGUUUUAAUUCAUAUAGCUUGUGUAUUCUCUGGACCAAGUUUCUAUUUUUCUUUUUUUCAAUCCCAUGAUCUGAAGUUCACAUCCUGCUCCUCUGUUGGAUUUGAGAGUUUUGAUAUAUGACCAUGUCCAAUCUUGGCAUCAGGAAUACAUGAUCACUUUUGAAGUAGUUAAUCAGAUGAGGGGAAUACUAACUCUCAUUACAUGUGACAUUUGAAAUCCGUAUUGGUUUUUAUUUCAAAAAGUUUGAGCAUUUUCUAAAAAUGUAAGCAAUUGAUUGAGAAUGAGUACAAAAACAGUUAUCGAAAGCAUUGCUUUUCUGUAGUCAGUUCGUGGUUGCCAAAAAGUAGUUACUUCAAAAUGGACAUAAAAAGAUGCUUAUGUGUCUUAUGCUGAUAUGGAGUUUAUUCCCCCUUUUUUCUCUCUUUUUUUGGUCCAGUUUCAGGUUACUGUGAGGCCCUCAUUUUCACUGACUACUACUGCUGUUGUAUAAAACAUGCCUUCUGUAAACAUAACAACUCACAUCAACUUGACAGCACAACAUGAUUUUUUUUGUUUGGAGACCUUUACAAAACUGUUGUUGAGACCCAUUCAAACACAAUGUACAUUGCUUUUAUUAUCAGGUCUAUAUUUCUGCAAUCUAUUUAAAGAGAUAGACAGCACUGAAAUAGAAAUGGUACAUUGCUUCAUCACACAGAGUUUGUGCUUAGGACAGUAUUACUUUUGCUUUUAUCAGAUCACAGUAUUUACAGAUGUACGUUAUUUAUUUUCUGCCGUUUUAAUGUAUCCAAAAAUGAAAGUGUGUUAUUUUGUCAUUUUUUGGUUCUUAAAGUUUACAUUUUAGUAAAUAGUUGAAGAUUUGCACAUUUAGGCAAAAGACACUGUUCAAUAAUUCUUACAUUGAUAGAAAGGAGGAAAUAUUUUUGAUCCUUAAAGGAAAAUGUCUUAAUGGUAAAAGUCGUUGUGUUGAUGGCAGUAUUAUUCCACUUAAAUAACAUCAAAUGUAAUUUAUAAAACAGCACUUGUAGAGUAUAAGAAAUAUACACGUUUCCCAUGUUUUAUUUUAGGACUGUUGUGGUGGCCUGAAAGGACCGCAGAAAAUUUGAACUUUGUGCAUUAUAGCAUUUCAUCCAUUCUGAAUUUGAAUUGGCCAGCCAGCCAGCUCUUUCCUAUCUCGAUCCGUUUGUAGUGUACUUAGUUGCAGCCCAUUAUCUCAGAUAACACUCAUUUCUUGAACUUCUUGAACUGAUUUUCUCUAGCAGAGCUGAUUAUUCUGACCAAUCAGGGAAAUGAACCACCUACAUAUGCUCAGAACAGCAGCCUGUUUCAAUGCUGUCUUAAGAGAAGUGCCUUGUGUAUUCAAUUUUAUAAGAACAAGUUGAUGUAAAUGUUCAUUUACCUCAAAUGUUUACAAAGCUGUUACUAAAUAAACUUUUUGUACCAUAAA